AUGCCACGCUCUUCCACAGUGAAGUCUCGCGCUAGCUACGAACGGGAGGCAGAGAGGACAGCGCUUGGUGCGGAGAAAGCGCAGCUGCAGGCUCAGCUGAAACUCAUCCUGACGGUCCACCCGUUCUUUGUAGGGACCGUCACGGUUGUUGUCGUCACGAUCACGAACAGGCGGACGUCUGUGCGCCAGGCAUCGACAUGGCCCUCCGCGACCACCGCCACCUCUCCCAGGGACCAUACUAUCCGGCAUGAUUGGAGGCACUCCGGUCAAGCCUCUAGCAAUCCCCCAUUGUCGAACCACCAUCAAGACAAGCUUGAUCAAGUCUCCCGCACCACCAGCCUCGAUGACCACUACGCCGAUGCCACAAGUGCAGACGAAGAUCGUGCCUCAGCUGAAUUUGCUGCCCACGAACGUAACUAUGGAGCCGAAGGUGACGCGGGUCACGUCGCCGAUCGUGCCGCUUGCGCGAUUCUGCUGCUCGCGGCCGACGGGAUUGCGCGUUUGCAGGCGUAG